CGCAUGUCGUCGCCAUCUCGUUAGGUAGAGCCAUCAGCUCUUCAUGACCGUUGACAUUUUCCAGAGAAGAGAAGUAAAAAUUUCCCUCUUUAUUUUCUCGGGAGAAAAGUUAAUUAUCCCCAGCUCUUGAUCUCUCCACGUUUUCCUGGAUCCAAGCGAGUGCGAUGCUGAUGUCAAUGUCUCGCCGGGGAUUGUUGUUGUUCGUCGCCGUCUUCCUCGUCUCUCUUCGGUCUUCCACUUCCCUGAUUAGUUCUCCCAGUUCUAUCAUCAACCCUUCUAAAGUCAAACAGGUUUCUUCAAAACCCAGGGCAUUUGUGUAUGAAGGUUUUCUGACGGACCUGGAGUGUGAUCAUCUGAUCUCCCUUGCGAAAGAGAAUCUGCAGAGAUCUGCGGUUGCUGAUAACGAUAAUGGCGAGAGUCAAGUCAGUGACGUUCGGACCAGCUCCGGCACGUUUAUCUCCAAAGGAAAGGAUCCUAUUGUUUCCGGUAUAGAGGACAAACUCUCCACAUGGACAUUCCUCCCCAAAGAAAACGGGGAAGAUCUUCAGGUAUUGAGAUAUGAGUCCGGUCAGAAAUAUGACGCUCACUUUGACUACUUUCACGACAAAGUCAACAUCGCCCGUGGUGGACACCGCAUAGCAACGGUUCUCAUGUAUCUAUCCAAUGUUACAAAGGGUGGAGAAACUGUUUUCCCUGAUGCAUUGGAAUAUUCUCGCCGCAAGCUUUCUGAGAACAAAGACGACCUUUCUGAUUGUGCAAAGAAAGGGAUUGCUGUGAAACCGAAGAAAGGAGAUGCACUCUUGUUCUUCAACCUCCACCAAGACGCAAUCCCAGAUCCCUUGAGCCUUCACGGAGGUUGUCCUGUGAUCGAAGGAGAGAAAUGGUCAGCAACUAAGUGGAUCCACGUGGACUCAUUCGACAAGAUAUUGACACAUGACGGUAACUGUACGGAUAUAAACGAGAGCUGUGAAAGAUGGGCAGUGCUUGGGGAAUGCGCAAAGAACCCAGAGUAUAUGGUGGGAACUCCAGAGCUCCCUGGAAACUGCAGGCGUAGCUGUAAAGCUUGUUGAAGAGUUAAAAUUAUAUUUUCUCUGUACCAUUAAGUACCUUUUUUUUUUUUUUUAACCUUGAAUGAGUUUCUUUUUCUCGUUUUUCCUGUUUCUGUUGAAUUGUUGUUUGUUGAAGAACGUCUCUUGUUCUUGAAUCAGUUAGAUUGCUCGUAUCAAUGGACUCUCUAUUUCAAUUA